UAUUUUCAUUAAAUAUCCAGUUUUUAAAAAGUGCAUUGUCACUAAGAUGGAGAAGAAUCUAGAAAAAACAUUAGAUGAUAUAAAUAGUACAGAAGGUAUUAUUGGUUGCAUCUUGGCUGAUCAUGCAGGAUUAUGCUUAGGAGCUAAGGGAAUGCAUCCACUGAUAGUGCAUGGCAUAAUUGCAGCUAUCGCAGAUCAAGUUGCAAAAUUAGCUAAAUCACCAGCUCCAAUUAUAUCUCUUCAAAAUGAGAGCAGGAAAUGCCUUAUCCCACGUCAAGGUCCAGUAGUAGGUGCUAUUUACAAGGAUGUUUCAUAUAAACAGUUUCUGUUGCUCAAAUUAAUAGUAUUGAUUAUAUUUAAAUUAAAUUCAAUAAGUUUCUGUUAUUUUGUUAAUUAUAUAUAUAUAUAUAAAACUUUGAAUACUUUUAACAUAACAUUAAAUUGAGCAAAACUUGUACUUGAUUUGAAUUAUAACAGUAUAGAAAAUACAUAAUUAUUAAAUAUGA